AUGGUGCGUUCGAACUGCUUCGAUUUGAUCUGCCAAUGCAUGAGCAGGUAUCAGAACAACGUGGAGCUGCAGACUGCUGCUAUGCUGCUCCUCUGUGUGAUCGCGAAUCUUGAUUCGACCAAGAAAUCAGCGCUGUUUUCGCGUGAUGUCGUCAGCAGAGCCAUCCAGAACUGUGUGGAUCGGGCUCCUGAACCACUGCUGGCCGCAUCCAUGACAAUGAUCGAUUUCAUGGCGAACCGGGAGGAGUGCAUCAAGAUGCUACUGGCUCAUCACGUGCUGCAGGUCUUGCUGGACGCGAUGGAGGCGUAUGACAACCUGGAGAUCGAGCUGCACGGCACGGGAAUCAUGGCGACGCUGGCGAAUCUGGAGCCUUCGUCUCACCAGCUGCUGAUUGAAGUGGAAAGUUAUGCGACAAUGAUUACGAUGAUUAACAAGCGCGACAAAGUGAAGGCGAUUCGCGACUCCUGUUUCAGCUACUUCGAAGCAAUCUUCCAAGACAAGGACCACGCCUUGGAGCUUUGCAACAAGGGAAUCCUGCCCUUUUUCGUGAGCGGAAUCGAGAACCGUCGCAACGAGAAGCUGUUGUCGUAUCUGAACGUGCUGGCCGCCGUGUUCCAGCACGAGAUGUCGAAGAAGAUCAUUGCGAACUGCGGUAUUUUGGACAAGCUGCUGGCGGUUCUUCGCAACAACACGGAGAACGGAGAGGUCAUUACUGUGGGUUUGCAUCUUCUGAACAACGUGAUGCUGACGAGCAGCAUCAUUCCUGCGGUCGUUCAGAUGGAUUACCUGUCCGCGUUGAUCUGGUGCGCGCAGAACUACGGACACAGUGAGGAGGUUUGCUUGCAGGUCGUGAACGCGAUGGUGCGUCUCUCCACAUGUGCGUCGGUGCGUGUGCAGAUGAUCGCCUCGCAUUGCGUGGAGACUGUGUUUGGAAUGACGGAUCUGUUCCGCGACAACAGGGAGUUCCCCGGACUGGCUUGCCAGCUGUUUUCGAACCUGGCCGAGAAUACUUCGAUCCGCGAGCGUCUGGGAGGAGCCGGCCUCUUCGACUUUUUGCUGGAGCUGCUGAUCGAUCAUAUGGAGGAGGUGGAUGUGACGCGAACCGUGCUGACUCUGGUGAAGCAGCAGGCCGAAGCGACGGACAAGAACCACAAGAAGUUUGCGACGGCGGAGAUGCUGCAGAAGUUGUGCGAGGUGAUUCUCCACAAGGAUCAGACCAACUCCCUCAUGGCCUGCGAUCUGGUGUCGAACGCCUUGCUGUGGAACAAGUCGCUUGGCACGGUGCUGGAGCAGAAGGACAUCCACGAGCUGAUUCAGGCGCUGGUGAUUUGUGUGGACGACGAGAACGGAACGCAGGUGCUGCUGCGCUUCCUCCAGGCGAUCGGAACUCGCUGCGCGCCUUCGAUCGAGAGUUUCUUGCUGCUGCUGUUCGCGGUGAUGAACAGCAAGCAUCUGACGGACCAGGGCCAGCAGUCGAUCUUGGACGUGCUCCGCACGGUGAUCUACAACGAGAUGUACAAGCAGGUGAUGAUGAUGGGCCCGUUCCUCGCCCAGUUCUUCGCGAUCGUGGAGCGGUGGAAGGCCACUCCUUCCCGUCUCGCAGAGCUGCUUUCUCUCAACCAGGCGGUGCUGACGGACAAGAGCUGCACCUCGACGCUCAUCAACUGCAGUGGAAUCCCCCUGUUCUGCGGCCUGCUCAAGGAUUUCAACGACGAACAGCUGCUGACGCCGGUGGUCUGCAUCUUGGCUGCCUCGCUGAACGCGAAGAACGCGGUCCCGAUUUUCCUGAACCACAAAUGUCUGGACCGUGUGAGCGAGGUGAUGAAGAGCUUCACCGAGAACCAGGAACUGCAGGCUGCCUGCUGCGAGGUGCUGCUGAACGUCGCCAACACGCGCGGCGGCGUGACGAGCGUGAUGCAGUCCAAGUGCUACGAGCCGGCGAUCGCGAAUCUGGAGCACAGUUCGCAGGAGUAUCUGGAGAUCUGCUGCCAUCUCCUGAACUUGCUGGCGCGCGACGAAGUGAACAACUACAAGCUCAUUGAGGCGCACGUGGCCGAAGCGCUGCUGCGCGUGCUUUCGGAGCAGAUCCCGGACGAGGUGGCCGAGCCCGCUCUUGGCUGCAUCAAGUCGUUGAUUUCGAAUCCUGACCACAUGCCGAAGUUUACGGAGGAGCAGAAUCUGGAGAUCUUGUGCAACUCGUUCACCCAGAUUCGUGGCCAGGCCCAUUUUAUGCUCUGCGAUGUGUUGAUGAUGGUUUUGGGAAGCGUGGAGAUGUUCCCGGAGCCGCUGCCCGAGUCGAUCGCGAGCACCAUUAUCUCUCUGACGGCGGAGAAGGCGGUGGACGUGAGCACGAUGCGUGCGAUGGUGGAGAUUCUGAAGAAGGUGAGCGCUACGGUGGAUAGCCGCGCCGUGAUGCUGAACUGCGGCUUUGUGGAUAUGGUGUUCGCUAUGAUCGGCAAUCUCAUCGCCAAUCGCGAUUUGGUGUUGCUGUACCUGAACACCCUGGUGCCCUACUACGAGGACGAGCUGUUCGCGUCGAUGGUGGUCGGAUGCACGGACGCGAAGGUGCUCAACCGCGUGAUGGCGCAGAACACCGCGCUGCCUCCCAUCCAGAGCGCGUGCAUCAAGGUUUUCCUGGCCAUCACCGCGUUCAUCCCGGAGAGCGUUCUGCAGCUGCACGCUACGGCUGCCUGCGUCCGCUGCAUCCAGCUGUGCAUUUCGGACGACCACAUCGUGCUGGACGGCUGCCACACGCUGCGUAACAUGGUCGCGGAUACGGUGAUGGAGACGGCGAUGGAGAGCCGAAAGGCUGUGGUGAGCAAUGGUGGACUGGACGCUCUCUACACGACGCUGCAGCGCUAUCCCAAGAACGCGGAGAUCGUGAGCGUGGUGCUGCGCACGCUGCAGUACCUUGCGGACGGGUCGUCGGAUGUGAAUCUGAUCGCCUCUGCCGCCUAUCUGAAGACGCUGAUGCUCGUGUACAGCAACUUCAGCAACAACAGCGACGUGACGACCUUGUUCGUGCAGCUGAUCUGCAACCUCUCCGCCAUCGAGAGUUGCAAGUCGGCGAUCAUUCAGAGCGGCGUGAUCGCGAAGGUCGUCGCCUCGACCCAGGCCUUCCCGGAGGCGCACGAGUUGCUGUUUGCGGUGGCCGGUUCGAUCAGCUAUCUGUCCAUGAAGGGCUUGGCGGUGUGCGAGUCCUUCCACAAGUUUGAGGCGGAGUCCGUUUUGGUGGCCACGUUGAAGGCGGAGGAUGUGCCUGCGGAGACGGCGAUCCUGGUGGCUUCGAUCUUCCCGCUGUUCUUCCAGAUCAAGACGGUUUCGGAGUGGUUCGAGCAGCAGGGAGGUAUCGACGCGCUGCUGAACACUGCGCAGCGCUUCCCCGAGGACGUGGAGCUGUACGGCCAGUUCAUGGGCUGUCUGUGCACACUGACGAACGUGAUUUCGCUGCGUCCCAAGCUGGCUCGCGCCGAUGUGCUGGACUUCGCGCUGGCGGGCGAGCGACUGUGCGGCUCGGAGGAGGAGUUCGUGAUCUACGGCGCCGUUCUGUUCUCGAUCGUGGUGGAGAACCACGCCUGGAUUGUGGAGAAGCACGAGGCGUUCUUCGAGGAGAUGGCCAACGUGCUGCUGACGUUCCAGGAGAGUCGCAACGUGGCGAUUACUGUUUCGGAGCUGUGUCUCUCCGCGAUGGACUAUCUGUGGAGCCAUGGCGUGGAGUACUACAUGAGCGGCACGGCUGCGGAGGCUGCGGUGUUCUUCAUCCAGAACUUCAUGAGCGACAAGCAAGUGGUGACGGACUGCUGCAGUCUGCUGAAGCACUGCGAGGUGCUUGCGGAUGAGAUGCAGCAGAACGUGAUUCGCACGAGUCUGAUGGUGUUCGAUGCGUACUCGAAGGACUCGAAGAUCAACUUCGCUUGCGCCGACAUGCUGCUCAACCUGUCGCAGUACCCGAACGCGACGGUGAAGAUGCUGCGCUUGGAGGUGUACAAUGCGCUGAUGAAGUCGAUGAACACGUUCAGCAACAAUAUGGAGCACGUGAAGGUGAUUCUGAGCGUGCUGAUUGUGAUGCUCAACGACCACUCGGUCCCGAACAAGUUCGUGACGCUGUCCAACACCAAGAUUCUCUAUCGCGUGUCCGGAGACUACCGCGAGAAGCCUCUCAUUCUGACUCUGGUGGCGCGCGUGGUGGAGGCUGUGGCUCCCCAGAGCGCUUUGGAGUUGGUGGACACCGGCUUCGUGGGCAUUCUGCUCCAUGGAGUCAAGCGUUCGGAGGAUAGCGAGUGUAUCGUUGCCUGCUGCGACGCGCUCUCGGCCAUGUCGUACUGCCCUCAGUGCCUGAGCAUUCUGAGUCAGCAGCGCUGCUCGCAGGAGUUGAUGACGAUCCUUCAGAAGUAUCAGGAUGACGCGAAAGUGACCUCGGCUGCCCUGGGAUUGCUGCUCGCCAUCUGCCAGAGCAAGGAGUCGGUGCGUGAGAUGAGUGUGAGCCACUUUGUGCGGGAGUUGUGGGUUGUGAUGACGCGUUUCUUGGCGGAUGCCCAUAUUGUUGGCUUGUGCUCGUCGGUGAUGAACGCUCUGGCUCGUGGUGAGAUGAGCUCUCUGCAGGAGCUGAUGGAUUGCUUCGACCGCGAGGUCUAUUGCGACGCGCUGAACCGGCAUGCUGCCAGCGAGGAGGCGGUCGCCGGACUUCUGAGCGUGCUGUCUCUGCACAUCGAGCGCAUGAACAGACAGCCGUUGAGCCCUGCGUUGGACCUCGUGCAGUUCUCUGUGAACGCCCUGAAGCAGUUCCCGGACAGUCUUCCUGUCUGCACUGCUUCCUUCGAGUUGCUGGAGGCUUGUCUGCGCGUGUUGAAGCUCAAGUCGAUCUUGGACGAGGCCAGCACGCUCUUCGCCUCUGCGUCGCACAGUGCGGAACAGCUCGUGCUUAUGUCGCAUCACGAGAAUCCUCUGGAGACGCCCAUCGUGAAGGUAUCGAGUCCGGAGGUGCAGCUGCUGAUCAUCAUUCUGCGCUUCAUGAAGUGCAUCGUGCCCCAGGUGGAAGAGUGCGAGCUGUGCAAGGAUCUGGUCAGCCACUUCGUGGACGCGCUGAAUGCAUACCGCGUGAAGGAGGUUAUGGUUGUGGCGAUGGACGUGCUGUCGCUGAUGACUCGGUAUGAUUGCGUGGACACGAUGUGGGAGAAGGACGUGCUGACCGUGGUUCUGAGGUACUAUAUGAAGUACACGGAGUCCUCGUUCAUCUACUCUGCGUGCAUUGUGAUGCGCAUGUUCUCGGAGGAGAAGAGCUACGCGGAUUCCCUGCUGAACAACGAGGUUCCGACCGCGAUUCUGUCCAUCAUGAAGAAGUACGAGAAGGAGCUGCCGAUCGUUCAUUGCUGCGUGUGCAUCAUCGGCAAUCUGCUUCGCUCCGUACUGAUUAUGGAGGUCCAGCUGGAGGAGAUUUUGAAGAUCGCGACCCGCGUGGUGCAUAGCGACUGCGAGGACGAGGAGAUCAUCAUCGACAUUUUGAAAAUGUUUGGCAACGCUCACGGUUACGCGUCGUUGGUGAAGGAUCAAAACGUGGUGACGACGAUUCUGGUUCUGGUCGAUAAGUAUAUGAAGAAUCCUCGAAUCAUCGAGGCGGCGCUGGACGCUUUGGAUCGGAACACUUGCGUGAUCGACAGCCACUUGCAGCUGACGGGCAACAACGGAGUGGCGAAGCUGCGACAGGUUGCGGAGACGUACAAGACGAAGCGCGACUCGAUCCAUCUCUACGCUGGAGCCUUGAAGGUGAUCGACAACCUGGCUCGCUAUGGAAGCGAGGGCGUGACGUUCACUCUGGUUAACACACCGGUGGUGAGCCUUGUGCUUGAAGCGUUGGACGUGCUGCACUCGCGGGAAGAGUACUUGGUGUAUGCGUUGUCGUUGGUGAACUGCUUGGUGGAGCGCGACACGGCCAAUGCUUUCAAGAAGGACCUGGUGAGCAAGAAGACGGUGGACUGUGGCUUGUUCGUGGUGCGGAACUACUCGAGUGACGAGAUCGUUUACUGCGCGAGCCGCUUGCUGCUGACGGCGCUGAAGGAGUCGAAGUGGGAGGCUGCGAUUCUGAGCAUGGAGGUCCUUCAGCGAUUGGCGGAGUUGCUGCAGGGAGCGAUUCCGAGCAGCAUGAAGGUGUGUUCGAUCCUGAUUGACUUCCUGGUGUUCUUCUGCGCCGAGCCGACGAAGAAGCCGUACGUGGAUCGCGUGGACAUCGCCACGCCUGCGAACAACUGCUUGAUGCGCUACUACCAGGAUCAGCCCUUGGUGGAGAAGUGUCUGCAUCUGCUGUCGCUGCUUUCGCUGCUGCCCAUCAGCAUGGACCAGGUGGUUUCUUCGAUGAAGGAGUACACUUCCUCCGCUCCCGCGCAGCUGAGUGGCUGCACGCUUCUGAUCACCUACGUCGACGCGGACGCUGCGAACGCGGACGCUCUCCUGAAUCUGGGAGCCAUUCCUGUGGUGGUUUACGCGGCGGAUCGUUUCUUCGACGAUUCGAAGAUCCAGAAGAAGAGCUUGCUGCUGCUGUCGAAGCUGGCUUCGCGGCCGAGCUGUGUGAAGAGCUUGAUCGAGAGCUCGGCUCCCGAGGUGUGCAUCCGAUCGGUGAUGCGCUUCGACAAGGAGAAGGAGAUUGUGCGCUGCGCUACGCAUGUGCUGGCGUGCUGCAGCAACGACGAGAACCAGUUCGUGGCGAGCAGUGGAAGCCUGGAGCGUCUCAUCAAGGCAAUUCUGCAGCACAAGGACAGCAACGAUAUCAUGCUGGACGGCUGCCGCUUCAUCACGAGCUGCGCGAAGGACACGCAUCUGGGUCACGGCUUGAUCGACGUUGGCAUCAUUGAGUUCUUGACGCGCAUUCUGGAUACGGAGGGCCGCGACACGGCGCUGGAAGAGUCUUCUCUGAAGGCGCUGUACGAACUGACGAAGAUUCCGGCUGGACGCGAGAAGAUGAGCGAGGACGAGACGCUCUCGCUGUUCUUGCCGUUCUACCGCAGCAGUCGUCCCGACCAUCACUUGGAGCUGUGCAGCAGCAUUCUGGAGAACGUGACGGAGGUGAAGGCCUCGCACGUGAUGGUGAUGGACAAGCGUUAUCUGCAGACGGUGGUGGCGAAUCUGGAGGCGAACCUGGGCUCGCAGUCGCUGUGCAUGCACCACAUCCACAUUCUGGAGAACCUGUCGGCGAAUGAGGACAACCUGGACGAGCUUUCGCGAACGCGAGCGCUGCCCCUGUGCGUGAGCAGCAUGGACAGCUUUAAGAACGAGGAGGAGAUCAUCAAGAGAGCGACUGGCUUUAUCGAGAACAUGGUGAAGAAGGACUCGAACAUCGAGGUUCUGAAGGAGGCGACGGGCGUGAAGAUCGAGUUCGAUGCGCUUCAGCGGUACACGAAGAACGUGGUGAUUUCUCUCCACAUUCUCCGUACGCUGCUUGCCGUCGCGCGUGCGGGCAACUUCGAUUCGAUCGAGAACGUGCCUUCGUGCUCGGGCCCGAUCUACAGCGCGCUCAAGGACCAUGUCGACCAGAGCGAGAUCUUCGCUGCCUGCGCGGAGUUGCUGGAGCAGUUGAUGCACUCCCCGAACCAGCGACAGGCGCUGCUGAGUACCCAGACCAUGAUGGGCUUGAUGGCGCUGAUUCCUCGUCUGCGCAAGCGACAGGCGGAUGCGUGCAAGGUGCUGCGGCUGGUGCUGACGCUUCUGGACUUCUACAACUUGGCCGAGCUGCCGGAGAUCAAUCUGGAGCCGUUCUUCUUGGAGCUGGCCUUGUAUGCGAGCGAGGAAGACAUCCAGAGCCGCAUCGUGAAGUGGAUCAGCGAGGCGUCCCAGCGUGAAGAGAUCGCAGCCCAGUUCGCGAGCGAGGGUUGCGUGCCGUUGCUGAUUCGCGACCUGGAGCAGUACUGUGACAAGCUGGAGAUUUCUCUGGAUGCGUUCCAUGCAUUGAUUCUGAUUCUGAAGACGGAGAAGUCGAUGGUGAGUCUGGUGACGAACAAUGGAAUCGCCGUGGUGAUCAACUCGAUGAAGGCGUUCAAGGAGGACACGGAGAUGAUGUCUUUGGGAUACCACAUUCUGUCCGUCGUGUGCUUCAAGAACGAGUAUUGCGCGAUUGCUUUGGAGAAGGACGUGAUGAGUCUCAUUGACUUCACGGAGCAGGACUAUAUGAGCGAGAAGGACCUGAUUGGUCAUUGCCUGCGUUUCUGCAACCGGAUGGCGCAGAGUGUGGAGAUCGCAUCGGCGAUGACGACCACCUCCUGCGUAGGGAUUGUGUUUGAGGCGCUUCGUCGUUACUCGGACGACGAGGUUAUUAUGAACGAGUGCGUAAUGUGUCUGAUUAAGCUGCUGGAGGCCAAGCUGGACGUCCGGGAGAUUAUGAACGCUGGCGUGCUGAUCAGCAUUGUGGAGGCGAUGCAGAAUUUCACGGAGUCCGAUCUGCCCGAGAACGUGUGCCUGUUCCUAGUGUACUUGCUGAAGGACAAGGACGCGCGCCAGCAGCUGAUCGAGCAGAACCUGACGGAGUUCCUGAUCAGCGACAUGCUGGAGGCGAGAGACAACUGGUCGCUGCUGGCCGCCGUCUGCAAGACGCUGGAGGCGUUGUGCGAGGACAAGGGCUCGCUGGAGAUCAUGAAGACGAAGCACGUGGAUGAGAUCUGCGACUCCAAGCUGCACGAGUACCAGAAGUACCCGGAGUUUAUCCAGGCGUGCGCUUGCUUCCUGUGCGCCUACUUGAAGAAGCAGAGCGAGAGUGAGAGUGAGAGCGAAGAUGCCGCCGAGUUGAACACUCUGUACAACCUGGAGUUCUUCAACUUUGUCUCGAAGCUGCUGGACGACUCGCAUGUGAAGCGGAACGAGCCGGUGGUGGUGAGUUUGCUCGCGCUGUUGGAGGUGCUUCUGGAGUCGGCGCAGCCCACGGAGUCCAUCCCGUCGUUCUACAAGACCAUGCUGCCGGAGAUCAUUUGCAGUCUGCUGAAGGGCUACGCCACGUACCCGGGCACUUCCGAGAGCUGCUGGGAGCUGCUGGACCACUUCACGAAGACCGAGGAGGAUGUGGAGAGCCUGGCGCGUCUGAACCACAUGGACGACAUGCUGGAGAACAUGCACGUGAACGCGAGCAACAAGAAGGUGCUGGAGCGUGCCCUUCCUCUGAUCCACCGGAUCGCCAGCAAGAAUAUCGUGACGGAGUCGCUUCCGAACGUGGACAUUCUGCACACACUGCUGAUGAUUAUGCGGAAGUACCCGGAGGAUGUGGACAUGCAGGUUUCUUGCUACACGGUGAUUGCGUGCAUGAUCGGAAGCGUGGCGCCGCCGGCGGAGGACGAGGACGCGGAGAACGAUCUGGACGACGAUGACGUGGCGGAGGAGAAGCGUCGUCGCCGCGAGGCACGGGAGCUGGAGGAGAAGAAGAUGAGCAAGAAGUACCGCGCUUCGAAGAGACGCGAGGAGACGCCCGAGGAGAAGAUGGAGAAGGAUAGACAGGCGGUGCUGAAGGAGCUGACCUCGAUGGAGUCGGUGAAUGUGCUGGCGAACGCGAUGAAGCACUUCAGCGACAACAAGGACUUGCUGAUUUGCGCCUGCAAGGUGUUCAAGUGCAUCUGCGAGAACUCGGAGGAGGGCCGUCGCUUCGCUGGCGUGAGCGGCGUGGUCAUUCCGUUCUUCAACGCGCUGAAGGAGGAAGAGGAGGAGUCUCCCGACGAGGAUUUGCUGCUGCAGCACGUGCUGGACGUGCUCUCGGAGUUGGUGAAGGCGUCGACGGUGAAGGCGGUGCUCCAUCAGCUGCAUCCCGCCGUGCUGCUUGUGAGCGUGCUGGAGAGAUACAGCGACAAUCUGCUGCUGACUCGCUUCAUGCUGCGCAUGAUGAUGGAGCUGAGCUCUUCGUCGGAGCUGCGCGAUGACUUUGUGGAGAGUCCGGGUCUGCACGUGGUGAUUCCUCUGCUGAGCAAGUACAACAGCGACGCGUACGUGCAGCACAUCACGGCGAAGUAUCUGUUCAACUUGAUGCCGGGUCGCGACGUGGGCAAGCAAUUCAUUCUGAACAAGGGUAUUUCGACGAUCGUCACCUCGCUGGGCACCUACAUGCGCAAGCGCAAGCUGAUGAAGGCCUUCUGCGAAGUGCUGUUCUCGCUGGUGAUUAACUACCCGGAGGGCGCGCACCAGGUCGCGGUGGAGGCCACAUCGGUGCUUCUGAAGUGCAUCAACCGCAACCAGAAGAAGGUGGAGUUGCUGGAGCCGCCUCUGCGCUUGCUGACUUGCCUGCUGCAGGAGCCGAAGAAUGUGUACGACGCGAAUAAGGUUCUGAUGGCGUGCAUGGACGUGGUGUACGAGCACAACGACAACAUGGAGGUGCUUCCUCGCGUGCUGCAGAUCGCGAUCUUGGUGCUGCGGAGCGGCCUCGUGACCAUUGACUUUAUCGAGUCGAACACGUUGAAGUUCAUGUGCCAGCUGUGCGAGCUGUACGCGAAGAUGCCGGAGGUGCUGGGCUAUCUGCUGGGCGUGGUGUUCAUGAUCGCGAAGUUGAGCCACAACAACCUGGAGCGCUUGGAGGACUUCCAUCUGUGCGAGCUGGCGAUGAACACGCAGAAGGCGUACGCGAAGUCGGAGCUGGUGCAGCAGUACUCGAGCGGCAUUCUGUAUCUGUACGCGGACGUGGAGGAGUACCAGGCGAUGAUGGUGGACCGAAAGGUGAUUGGCGAUCUUCUGAACGCGAUGUACCACUUCUCGGACAAGCACGAUCUGGUGCGGUACUGUCUGGAAGGCUGCUCGUGCCUGGUGGAUCUUGCGCCGUGCUUGACGCUGUUCUUGGAGCGCUGCGGUGUGAGCAUCGUGCUGAAGUGCAUGCUGGCGUUCUCCGAGGACAUUAACGUGAUCAUGACGGUGCUGCGUCUCUGCUACAUGGCGUUCCUGCAGGAUGCGACCCAGGUGGAGCAGAUGGCGCACGAGCAGUUGCUGGAGCCGGUGGUGUACGCCUUGAAGAAUUUGACGGAUGAUAAGGACGUGGCUUCGGUGCUGCAGAUCCUCCAGGUGAUUUGCGGCAACAAGGACUGCUGCGAAGUGGCGCUGAAGCUGCCGUUCCUGAGCGUGUUCAUGGACAUCCACAGCGCGUUCACGGAGGAUAUUCUGAUCAACGAGAAGAUUCUGGGCAUUAUGUGGUACAUGGCGGACUGCGAAGCGAUGCGCGACGUGCUGUUCUCGGACAAGAACUUCGACUUGAUUCCGAUGUUGAUGAACGACUUCAAGCGCGAGAAGAACGUCCAGCUGUCGAACUGCAAGCUUCUCUACAAGCUGUCUUGCCGCUACGACAUGAAGGAGCCGCUGUGCGAGAAGGAGAUCACGAACAAUUUGCUGGAGGUCGUGGACGUGUUCCCGAAGGACUACGACAUUCUGCGUCCCGCUCUUCGCGCGAUCAGCAAUCUGCUGAACAAGGACAUGCUCAAGCACAUCAACGUGUCGGAGCUGCUGAACACGACUUGCGCGGUGCUGAAGUAUUACUCGCGCCGCACAAAGUUCGUCCUGGAAGUGCUGGAUCUGGUGGUGAAUCUGGCGAAGAGUCUCACGCCGGAAACGCCGAUUCGCGUGAAGGAGAUGCUGGACCACAUGUUCGUGAUCAUGAGCAGCAUGCACGAGAACGUGGACGUUGUGGUGAAGUUGCUGCUGGUGAUUGAGAUGAUGAUUCCGGCCGAUCCGAAGGGCCAGGAGCUGGCCGAGGAGAAGGUGCUGCAGAAGGUGCUACAUGUGAGCCGAGAGUACGAGAAGAACGGCGACGUGCAGGUGGGUGUGUACCGUGUGAUCAACGCCCUGCUCGAUAUCCCGCUGUUCGUCCCGAAGAUCGUGAAGGAGCUGAACUCGUUGAUGCGGUGCAUGGACCGGUUCCCGCAGAAGAAGGAGGUGCAGACGGUGUGCGUGGAGGUUCUGACGAAGCUGUGCGCCAGCCCGAAGGUGCUGAGCACGAUGGGCACGCAGGAGAUCGACGUGCUGGACACCUUACUGCAGCGCUUCCCCUACGACAAGGCGCUGGUGCUGGCCACCAUCCGCUGCAUCAACUGCCUGCUGACGGUGGAGGAGCUGUACGACUACUUCGUGCAGAAGAAGAACGGCGUGGCGCACAUCUUCUCGGUGAUGAAGUCGUUCAAGGACAGGGACCUGCUGCUGGCCGCGCUGCAGAUCAUCGAGAAGCUGCUGUCGAAGGACCAGGCGCAGGUGCAGCGCCUGCUGGUGGAGUACUGCGACAUUUUGCUGGUGAUGGUGUCUGCCUGCUCCGAGGACCCCGAGCUGCUGGAGUCGAUCGGCAAGCGGCUCUGCGAUAUUCGCCAGGACAUUCACAACAAGCUGGUGAGCUACGUGGAGGACAUCAGCGCGAUGGCUGUGCACUUCGCGGAGAACGAGAUGGUCGUGAAGUACCUGUACUCUCUGCUGUCGGAAGCGGCCACGGAGCGCGACAUGGAGUUGCUGAAGCUGAUGCACGACAAGGGCGUGACCCAGGCGACGAUCAAGUCGAUGACGCUGUACAGCACGAGCAAGUCUCUGGUGAAGAGCGCGGCGGGCUUGAUGGCUGCCUUGGUGGCUUACGAGGAGGCGGCGCGCGAGUUCGCAACCGACGAGACGAUUCUCAUGCUGAACCGCAUCUGCCAGGACAAUUUGCAGAAGCCCGAGAUCACGGUGAACGUGAUCAGCGUGCUGAUCAAGCUGGCGGAGAACAAGGAGUGCGCGAAGGUGAUGAAUGACAACCGAAUCAUCCAGACCACGGCGCAGACCUUGAAUCAGUGCAGCGACAAUGCGGAGUUGGUGGUGAACUGCCUGUAUCUGCUGAACAAUCUCUCCGCGCACAACAACUAUGUGGCGUUCUCGGAGACGCAUCUGAUCUAUAACUGCGCGCAGUUGCUGGAGCAGAAUGCGGGUCUCACGAUGGACAGCGCCGUGAGGACGAUGGACAGCGAGCGCGCGGUGGAGAUCGUGACGCUGUCGCUGAAGCUGCUAUGCGCGAUGCUGCCCAUUGACGAGCACCGCGAGCAGUACCACGACGCGGGUCUGGUGCCGCUGACGAAGGACAUUCUCCGUCGCUCGUUCAACUACAACGAGGUGUGCAACUACGCGGCGCUGCUGCUGCGCGAGAUGGCGGUGGACGAGAAGACCUUGCAGGAGAUCUUCGACAACAGCGGACUGGACUCGAUUCUGGAGGCGAUGCAGAACUAUCCGGACAUGCUGCAGUGCCAGAUCACGGGCUGCGUGUUCCUGUCGCUGAUGCUGCAUCAUCGCAAGGUGCAUCGCGAUUUGGUGGAGCGCGAUGUGGUGGUGCUGGUGAUCGAGGCGCUUCGCCAUCACCCAGACAACAGCCAGCUGUGCACGGAGGCGAUGAACUGCAUGAAGCUGCUCACGAACGACCGGCGUGUGAUCGAGACGCUGAUCAAGGAGGACGCGAUGACGGUGUUUGUGAACUGCAUGUCGCACUUCCUGAACGAUGCGAAGGCGCUGCUGACGAUUAGCGACGUGGUGAAGGCGUGCAUCGAAGUCUCGCCGGUGCUGCACGAGCACUUCGCGAAGAAGGGAGGCGUGGAGCAGUGCUUGGGCGCGUUCGCGGAGAACGGCGACAAUGUGGACGUGCUGCGUCCGAUGGGCACGGUGCUGCUGGGCGUGACGAAGUACGACGAGGCCAAGAAGGCGAUCGUGAGCAAGGGAGGCAUUCGUCUGUUCUGCGAGACGCUGCGCAAGUACCUGGAUCUCGCCAAUCGGGACGAGCUGGUGUGCCGUCGCUGCCUGCAGGUCAUGUGCCGCAUUGCGGAGUGCGCGGACUACCGCGUCGACAUGGUGAACGAGGAGUUGAUCACGCUCUGCGUGUCUUCGGUGAGCAUCUUCGAGAAGGUCCCCGAUGUGAUGGUGGCGAGCUUCAUGCUGAUCUCGUACCUGUGCUCUACGAAGGAGGGCGCGGACAGCGCGCUGAGCGAGAGCGACCUGCUGCCUCUGCUGAAGGAGCGCAUGGAGGGCUACUUGACGGACGCGGAGGUGGAAGCGGCCGGAUUCGCGGCGCUGACCAGCAUGCUGCAGGACAAGCGGAACGGCGAGGAAGUGACCGCGAGCUGCAUGCAUCUGGAGCUGCUGCCUCUGCUGCAGACGGUGAUCAAGACGAACGACAAGAAUGCGGCGAUGAUGCGCAGCGCGUGCGGCUGCUUCGGCGCGUUCUCUGCUUGGCCGGCGGCCGGUGAGAUUCUGGGCUCGCAGGAGUGGAUGUCGCUGCUGGUGACCAUCAUGCACCAGUUGGACGACCCGGAGGACGCGAUCUGCUUCGCGGAGAUGUUCACGCUGAUCUGCCGCAACGUGAAGACGGCGGACACGAUCCGUUCGCGUCUGAACAACAGCAUUGCGGACCGUCUUGGCGAGUUCCAGGCGGAUGAGAAGGUGAUCUUCAAGCUGUUCGUGCUGCUGGAGGUGCUGAGCGACCGCGAGACGUGCAGCGGCAAGGGCGCGAAGGAUUUGUAUGACCACAGUGUGUACAAGAAGCUGAAGAAGCCGUUCAAGUCGGUCUCGUGGGAGACGAUGAUUCCCAUCUGCGGCGUCCUGCGCAACUUCUUCGACCUGCCGGACAGCGACAACUACUGCAACUACCUGAUCAAGAACGACUACAUCUCCGUGCUGCUGAACGCGGUGCGAAGCCACCUCGAGGUGGAGCAGUUCCUGACCGCGGCGUUCUCUGUGCUGGAGCUGAUCGUGCGCUCCGUGGAUGGCUGCGGCACCUUCCUGGCGCUGCGCGGCGUCCCGGAGAUCACCGAGCUGGUGUGCAGCCACAAGGACAACGAGGCUCUGUGCGCGGCGGGUCUGCGCGUGCUGGCUUCGUGCUCUCUGGACAAGUCGAGCUUCAAGGAGCUGGUGGACAAGGGCAUCAUCGACAUCGUGCUUCAGCACAUCGACACGGCGGGACCGCAGCUGCUGGCGGUGCUGCUGGAGAUCGUGAAGAACAUGACAGGCGACGAGGAGUACGCGCAGAAGAUCGAGGACGCGGGCAUCGUGGAGCACUUCUCUGCGAUCUUCGACCGCUACGGCGAGACGGAGGAGGUGAUGGCGGGUCUGUCGGGCGCGUGCAUGCACAUGUGCUACAGCGAGAAGAGCAAGACGAUCUUCCUGAACGACGAGGUGGUGAGCAAGCUGCUGAAGGUGAUGGCGAUCCACUCCGCUUCGCGCGACAUUCAGUACUUCGGCUCGUCGACGAUCGUCUCGAUGAUGACGUUCUCGGAGAUCUGCGCGAUGCUGAUGGAGAGCGGCAUUCUCUCGAUCCUGAUCCCCGCGAUCUCGCUGCUGGCGGAGAACGCGGCCGCGCAGACGGUGCUGUUCGACAUUCUGCAGCGCCUGCUGGCCGCGGAGGGCUGCGAGUUCACCGCGGAGUCGUUCAACGAUUACCACUUCCUGGUGGCGGUGGGCAAGGCGCUGGAUGCGCACAGCGAGGACGAGAGCAUCGUGAUUCCGGUGCUGACGACGCUGGUGGAGGUGGAGCGACGCGUGAAGAACUACUACGCGGUGGUGGAGGACAUCAGCUUCUUCAAGGCGUUCUCCAAGUGCUACCGAGCGGAUCUGUCGAGCGACGCGGUGGUGGAUCUGAUGCUGCAGCUGCUGCUCCUGUUCAACACGGCUUCGAUGGAGAUGGCGCAGAUGAUGCUGGAGGGCGACGUGCUGUACAUGGCGAUGUCGCUUCUGAACAUCACGAAGGACAACACGGAGGUGAUGGAGCGCGCGUUGCUGUUCGUGGACGCGAUGUGCAAGUUCAUGGAGUGCUGCCAGUACGUGGUGAUGAAUGCGCAGGGCGUGCCGACGCUGCUGCACGUCUUCCGCUUGCUGAACAGAGCCGACAAGCUGCCGACGGUGCUGUCCGUGUUCAUGAGUCUGACGCAGUACCGCGAUCUGUUCGAGUACUACGCUGUGGAGGAGGUGAUGUCGACGGCCCAGUCGUGCUUGACCACGUACGAGGACGAGCCUGUGAUUCUGUACGAGAGCAUGAUCAUCCUGGGCAACCUGGCUGUGGUGCAGAAGCAGGCGGAGAUGCUGGUGGCUCGCGGAAUCGUGAGCCGUGUGAUGGAGAUCGUGAAUCGCUUCCACGCGGAGCACGAUGUGAUGCUGGCCUCGGUCUAUCUGCUGCAGUUCGUGUGCAAGAGCAAGGUGGCCUGCGAGCAGAUGAUGAAGCUGGACAGCAUUCCGAAGCUGCUCGCGUAUUACCAGAGCGACUAUUUGGAUGACGAGGAGAUCACGUGCAAUUUGCUGGCGUGCAUGAAUGUGCUGUGCGAGGAGGAUCCCUUGCUGGAGAUCUAUUUGGGCACGAAUGGCUGCGAGGUGACUCUGCAGGCUUUGGACCGCUUCAAGGAGAGCUACCGCGUGGUGUUCUACUGCGUGAGCAUCAUCAUCCAGAUCUACACCAACAAUAAGGACGGCGAGCAGUACGCGAGUCUGUACGAGGAGGACCGCAUCAAGAUGUACUACGACUUCCUGGCCACGUUCGCCUCGAAGACGCGCGUGGUGGUGGUUCUGCUGCAGCUCCUGACGCUGCUGGGCGAGGACGAGACGAUUUCGGACAUGCUGAUCGAGUGGGGCAUUUCGGAGACGAUCUGCGCCGGCUUCGAGCAGUACCAGGCGAAGCCGACGGUGCUGGCGGUGAUGCUGGAUCUGGCGGCGGUGCUGGCUGCGUGGGACAGAAACAAGCAGAAGAUGCUGGGGGAUGACAUGGUGAACCUGGCGCUGGACUGCCUGGCGAACAACAGCGAGAACCAGAAGGUGGUGACCUCGAAUCUGCUGUUCCACGUGCAGAUGGCGCGCUCGAAGCUGUGCUCUUCUGCGUACUACUCGACGGACUGCGUGAACCUGACGCUGAGCCUGCUGCCGAUGUACCAGACCGUGGAGGAGGUGUGCGAGCCGGCGCUGUCGCUGCUGCUGUGCCUGACGGCGAUGGACCCGCGUCUGGAGCGCUACAACAGUGACGAGGCGCUGAAGGAGAUUCUGGACGUGCUGCAGAUGAACGAGAAGAGCGAGCGCCUGCAGACGCGCGGCUGCCAGUUGCUGCAGAUGCUGUCGAGCAACCUGAGCAUCUGCGGCCGUCUGGUGCGUCUGAACGCGGUGACGCUGCUGUGCAACGACGUGAACCUGUUCACGGCGAAGAGAGAGAUCCAGGUGUGCGGCAACAGCGCGCUGUACGCUCUGACGUGCGAGGAGGGAAGCGUGUCGACGAUGCUGAACCUGGGCGUGAUCUACACGCAUAUGGCUGUGCUGAACAGCUUCGCGAAGGACCACGACGUGCAGAACGCGGUGAUGCACGUGGAGGCGGUGCUGUGCGACAUCCCGAUGGGCUGCACGCUGUUCUUCAACGAGAACGGCCUGCUGAAGGUGUUCGCGGCGAUGAACGAGUUCACGCACGACGCGGAGUUGCUGUCCUCGUGCUGCGACAUUAUCGCGCACUGCCUGCAGCUGAUCCCACAGGACGAUACGUUCCCUGUGCUGCUGCACAACAACUGCAUGAUGCUGGUGCUGAACAUUCUGGACAAUCUGCACACGGAUGUGAGUCUGCAGAACUCGGCGUUGGCGGUGAUUCGCGAGAUGGUGCUGCAGCCUGAGUACCAGACGCAGUUCAUGGACUACCAGGGUCCGGAAGUGCUGGAGCGCAGCAUCUACAACGAGCACAUGCUGGACACUGCGGUGAUGAGCAUCAUGUCGAUCAUCCACAGCCUGACGCAGUCGGAGAAGAUGUGCAAGAAGCUGCUGCGCGUGGAGCUGAUGAACAACCUCAUCGACGUGAUCAACAUGUUCAGCGGCAACAAGCGCGUGAACAAGGACGCGGCGAAGAUGUGGGAGAUGGCCACGCGCAACAAGGAGCUGGCGGAGCUGCUGCUGGACACGCAGGUGAUUCCGCAGCUGGUGCGCAUCAUGAACAUUUACCAGAAGACCUACGUGCAGACGCCGCUGAUGAAGUCCUAUUUGCACCUGCUGAGCACGCAGGAGAAGAAGGCGGCGCUGCUGAUGAUCGAGAGCUCUGUGAUCAAGGCCUGCGCCUACUCGCUGAAGAUGUUCGCGAUGUCGGCGGAUGUGGUGCGACCGUGCGUGGAGGUGCUGAUCACCCUGAUCAAGUACCCGGAGGCGUACGAGCCCAUCCUGAACGUGCCCUUGCUGCCGGAUCUGAUCGCGGUGAUCGGCCAGGAGGGCCAGAACGAGCAGCUGCAGAGUCGCUGCGUGGUGCUGCUGAAGAAGAUGAUGUUCCUGGCGGGCUCUCGCCUGUCGCUGCGCUCGGUGUCGGAUAUUCGCGUGUUGGUGGGCGUGAUCCGCACGACGCUGAAGAGCGACCGCAAGAUUUUGAACAAGUGUCUGCGCAUUGUGGCGCGCUCGCUGACGCUGGUGAAUCUGUACGAGAAGAUCAGCUCCUCGGAGCUGCCGGAGGCGAUCUGCGACGUGAUGCUGCACAUCAACGAGGAGAAGACGCAGGGUCUGUGCAUGGAGAUCAUGGCGCUGCUGGUGAAGAACAGCGACGAGACCGUGGAGGUGUUCAUGCGUCGCGACGUGAUUUCGAUCCUGGUGGACAAUCUGCGCGUGUACGCGGACAACAAGACGAUGAGCCAGAACUGCUGCAUGGCGUUCGCCUUCCUGACGAAGCACGAGGAGGUGGUGACGUACAUCGCGAUGAUGAGCGUGUCGAAGCUGAUUAUGGACUCGAUGCGUCGCGAUCGCUCGGUGCGCCACGUGAUGUACUGCGCGCAGUGCAUCGCGAACAUCUCCGCGAACGAGAACUGCUGCAAGGAGCUGAUCGAGAACGAGGCGGUGCAGGAGCUGCUGUCGCUGUGCUCGAGCUACAUCUCGGAGGAGGACACGCUGAGCGCGAUCACGUACGCGCUGUAUUGCCUGUCGCUGGACGAGCGCUCGCACGCGGUGUUCGGCGCGAACCACUGCGUGGAGGUGUUCACGGACGUGAUGACCACGUGGAUCAAGCGCCCGAACGACGAGAUUCUCUGCAACAUCUUCUCGACGGUGUUCAACCUGUACAAGGUGCGGAGCGUGCUGACGGCGCUGAAGAACGGCGUGCUGCUGGAGCUGAUCAUCAAGGUGGUGAACAGCAACCUGUCCAAGAACCUGGCGAAGGCCUUCACGCUGCUGUGCAGCCGAUUGGCGGAGGACGCGGAGCUGCGUCCGGUGCUGGUGCGCUGCCAGGCGGUGAUGCCGAUCCUGAAGUGCAUCCGCGACUUCCAGCGCGGCCGCACGAUCAACAGCAAGGGCUUCGCUGCGCUGAACCUGCUGGGUCGCCAGGAGGAGGUGAUGCAGGAGCUGCUGGAGAAGUACGCCCUGAAGACCAAGCAGGUGGAGCACGUGAAGGAUGUGGACGUGUCGGACGUGGUGAUCAAGGUGAUCGUGGAGAACGGCUACGAGAACACGGUGCUGCGCAGCGGCCUGGCGGCUCUGGAGUCGUUCCUGCCGUUCGAUGAGGACGGGCGCCAGCUCUACUCGCACGAUGCGACGACGGUGGUGAUCCAGAGUCUGGGCAAGCUCUACGAGGAGAAGGAGACGCAGGUGCUGACGCUGCGCGUGCUGAAGGUGGCGCUGCGCGUGCCCGAGACUGCCGACAGCUUCGAGCGCGAGGACGGAAUCAAGCUGCUGCUGCAGGUGGUGGCGACGUUCUACGACUCGGUGGAGCUGCAGCUGGAGGCCAUGGAGGUGAUCGGCGAGCUGGCGAUGACCGAGGAGCUGCAGAGCAUUCUGUUCGAGAACCAGGCGCUGAACUAUUUGGUGCACGCGCUGGCGAACUUCGGCGAGGAGCCGACGGUGCUGCUGCCCGCGGAGGUGGCCAUCCAGGAGAUGUGCGCGUACGAGCCGGUGUGCCAGACGCUGUUCGACCUGGGAGCGGUGAGCAUGCUGGUGAGCACGCUGGAGAAGUACCCGAAGAACGCGGAGCUGAUGCUGGUGACGUGCAACAUUCUGAACAUUUGCGCGCAGAACGCGAACUUCGUGCCCACGGUGUCCAAGUUCAAGAUCGUGGAGCUGGUGCUGAAGUGCAUCGUGGCGAUGCGCGAGCAGGCGGAGGUUUUGUGCGCGCUGCUGCUGACGCUGUUCUACCUGGUGGAUCUGAGCGAGGAGCUGGCGAAGGUGUUCCAGAGCAAGCGCGGUCCGGAGCAGGUGAGCGAGACGUGGAGUCUGUGGGAGAGCAAGAUGAACGUGGAGGAGGAGCCGGAGAACGCGUCGGACAUCAGCAGCGUGAUCUACUACGUGCUGCACUGCAUCACGGCGUACGCGGGCGAUGUGGCGAUCAUUCCUCGGCUGAUGAGUCUGCACUACGUGGAGCGCAUCGCCGUGGCGAUGGAGCUCUUCGACAACGACAAGGCCGUGCUGCGCGAGGCGCUGAUCGCCCUGGCGCGCAUGGGAACGGCGAGCGAGGCCCCGAAGAGAGUGAUGCUGGAGAAGAACGUCGUCAUGCUGACCAUCCUGGCGAUGGGCAGCUUCCUGGACCAGAAGCGUCUGCUGGUGGCGGGCGCGAUGGUGCUGAAGCUGCUGUACAGCGAGGAGCAGCGCGAGAAGAUGGAGAACUCCAACCUGGUGUCGACGUGCGUGCAGGCGCUGGCUCGCCACGGCUCGUUCCGCGAGAUGGUGAAGACGAUGAGCGAGCUGCUGCUGGAGCUGGUGAACGAGGUCACGUACCCGCAGUUCAAGGAGCAGAAGGCGCUGAACGUGCUGAUGGACUGCCUGGCGGUGCAUGUGGAGGACGAGGAGUGCUGCAUCGCGCUGCUGCGCUUGGUGGUGGCGGUGCUGUUCACGGCCGUGGCGCAGGGCGAGGGCGUGUCGACGCGCAUCGUGGAAACGGCGGUGUUUAUCAUGAACAACUACACGGAUUCGGAGGAAGUGCAGAAGCUGGGCAUCGAGCUGCUGGAGGCGUUCGUGACGCAGGAAGGCGACAUGAUGGCGUUCCUGGAGCUGGGCGGACUGGACGUGGUGGUGCGCGCCAUGCGCAACGACUCCGAGUACAUCCGCUCUUCGUGCUGCAAGCUUCUGUUCGCGGCGUCGAAGACCGCGGUGGUGCGCGAUGCAAUCGUGCAGGUGGACGGCGUGGCGAUGCUGAUGCUGGCGAUGAAGGAGCAUCCCAAGUGCGCGCCCAUCCACCAGUACGCUUCGGCGGCUCUGGCGAACAUGGUGGCGACGCACGAGGUCUGCAUGCAGGUGGCGGAUCCUCCCGAGCUGGAGCUUGACGGCCUGAAGCUGCUGUUCACCUCGCUGAAGACGUUCAAGACCGUGUGCGAGGUGGAGGAGUCGCUGACGCAGGUGCUGGACCGUCUGCUGGAGUCGGAGGAGGAGCUGCGCAAGCGCUUCUGCGCGCUGCAUCCGCUGGAGGUGCUGCAGGAGGUGCUGGGCAACUUCAAGGAGAGCGAGGACGUGGCGUACAACGUGUGCGGCAUCCUGAGCUCGCUGGCCGCGGAUGUGGCGAGCCGCGUGGGCCGUCACAACCGCGCGCUGCUGCAGCUGGUGGACGAGUGCAUGGAGAUCCAUCAGGAGAAGGCGCGGGCCGAGUCGCACAUCGUGAAGGUGGUGGCGACGUUCGGCACGGACGCGAACUGCCUGGCGUUCUUCGUGGAGAAGGACACGUACCGCCUGAUCCGCGACGUGCUGAACGCGUUCCAGAAGGAGAAGGACGUGGUGGCGGUGUCGAUCCGCGCGCUGCUGGUGUUCACGUCGGAGGCUCGCUGUCUGGAGAGUCUGGAGGAGGCGGACAUCCUGACGCUGUGCAGCAGCAUCAUGUAUCUGUACCACAACGAUGGCGCCAUCAUGGCGGACGUGUGCAAGCUGCUGCUGGCGUUCACGGUCCAGGACGACUGGGUGGUGAAGAUGGCGCAGCUGGACUUGGUGAUCAAGGUGGUGCUGGUGCUGAGCCGCCUGAGCGAGCAUCGCGACGCGGUGCUGAGCGCUGUGCACCUGCUCCGCGGAAUGAACAAGCCGGUGAUCAAGGACAAGUUCAAGGACACGAACGUGGUGACCAAGCUGGUCGAGUGCUCGAGCAAGUAUCUGCUGGAUCUGGAGGCGCUGCUGGAGAUUCUGCUGCUGCUGGAGGACAUGAGCGAGUACGACCCGACGCGCCUGGCGCUGGGCGAGGUGGUGGCGUACCUGGUGAAGGCGAUGCGCAGCUACAGCAACAACCGCGAGCUGCAGCGCGUGAGCUGCGUGCUCCUGGCGCAUGUGAGCGAGAACCAGGACAACUGGAGCUCGCUGCUGAAGGGCGAGUGCAUCGAGACGGCGGUGGUGGCGUCCAAGAACUUCAUCAACGACGCGGAGAUCCAGCACUACGCGCUGGAGUUCUUCUCGCGGACGGCGACGGACAAGGAUUGCCGCGAGUCGAUCCGCACGCACGGAGGCAUCGCGUGCGUGCUGGAGGUGAUGACGAACAACCCGACGGUGAAGCACGUGCAGCAGUACGGAGCGCUGACGCUGAACGAGCUGGUGCGCGAGGAGAACGGCGCGUACAUGAUGAGCGAGUGCAACAUGAACGUGCUGUUUGCGGAUUACGUGGACUACAAGGACGACGACGACGUGAUCACGCCGGUGGUGGGCGUCUUCGCUCUGUUCUCGCGCGUCCUGAGUCUGAACAACGGCGACCGCCUGCUGGAUCGCCGCUUCCAGGAGCAGCUGAUCGAGCUGCUGCGUGAGCGCCGUGCGAACGUGAAGCUGCAGAGCAACAUCUACUUGCUGGUCGAGAACCUGGCGCAGGACGACGACAGCAAGGACUACUUCAAGGACGAGGUGCCGGAGCUGGCGAUCGCGUCUCUGCGCGAGGAGCUGGAGAAGAACCAGCGCAAGAGCAUGACGCCCGCGGAGCUGGCGGUGUCGAAGGAGAUGAUCACGCACCUGAGCGAGGCGAUCCGCUGCUUGGUGCGGAACAUCAUCGUGAAGGAGGUGGUGAACGAGACCAUGCUGGAGCUGCUGGGCCAGACGCUGCGCGUGUACGACGAUAGCAACCCGUGCGUGCUGGCGCUGCUGCGUCUGUACGAGGUGCUGGUGAAGGAGAAGGACUACAUCGCGCUGAUCGUCGACCAGGGCAUUCUGACCAAGUUCUUCGACCUGUACAAGACGUGCAUCCGCAGCUGGAUGAUCGAGAAGAGUCUGCUGAAGAUCUUCCGCCGCAUCGCGAACUCGGAGGCGGCGCUGGGCGAGAACAUCAUCAACAAGGGCGUGAUCGAGGACGCCUCGCUGCUGAUCCAGGGAUACGCCUACCGCGAUCUGCUGAUCAAGCAGGCGAUGCUGUGCUUCCAGGAGCUGCUGGAUCUGCCCAUCGCCUUCAGCCACUUCAUCAACUCGGACGUGGUGUCGUAUGUGGUGCAGCUGCUGCCGAUCCACGUGCGCGACCGCGACGUCAUGGGCCAGGAGCUGGACACGCACAACCUGCUGGACCAGAUCACCAAGACCCUGAUUAAGCUGGCGCGUCCCGAGGUGGCGGACAAGUUCGUGAGCAGCGAGGCGGUGCCGGAGGUGCUGGACGUGAUGAAGAAGUACGAGAGCGAGGAGAACGUGCAGGAGCUGUGCAUGCAGCUGCUGGGCAAGCUGGUGUGGAUAAUCGACGGCUUCGCGGACGACGAGGCGCGCCAGAUCGUCGACCGCGUGCUGAUCGCGCGCAGCACGUUCAGCGCGAGCGAAGCGAUCGCGGAGUUCUCGGCGGUGGUCUACAACUACUUCUCGCAGCACGAGAGCCACCGCUGGAAGAUCAAGCAGCCGGAGGUGAUCGUGCUGCUGAUCGGCUCGAUCCAGAUGCAGGUGAACGAGAACACGGUGGUCCACGCGAGCCAGGCGCUGGCCGCUCUCACCGACCAGGAGGAAAUGGUGAGCGUGUUCUGCGACAACGACGGCAUUAGCGUCGCGCUGGAGGCGCUGGACGUCUUCUCGGACAGCCGACUGGUGUGUCUGAACCUGUUCCGCAUGAUGUGCGUGGUGCUGUCGGACCGCGACAAGACGCACAUCAUGCUGGUGACGCUGUCGGACCACGUGGGCAACAUCACGCCGCCGUUCCAGAAGCUGACCGACGAUCUGGAGGUGAUGCUGGCGGGCGUGAAUCUGCUGGCGCUCUGCUUCGCGGACAGCGAGUGGUCGAGCGUCCUGGCGGAGCAGGAGCUGCCGCCCUUGGUGCUGGACGUGAUGACGCAGUUCAUCGAUAACGCCGAGGUGGCCACGCCGUGCUUGACGGUGUUGGCGUGCGCCGCGGAGGACUCGGAGUGCGUCGAAGACUUGAUCAAGAUCGACGUGUAUCAGAAGACGGUGGACGUGAUGGAGAAGCACAAGCUGAAUCGCACGGUGAGCCGAGGCGUGAUGAAGCUGCUGCACCAUCUGAUGGACAGCACGGAGGAAGAGGACGCGGGAGAGGCGAUGAAGCCUCUGGAGCGUCAGGUGGUGGUGGACAUGGUGGUGGACAUCACGAGCGCCUACAUCGACGACACGGAGCUGGUGACGCACGCGGUGAACGUGCUGGCGGACAUGGCGCUGAACAAGCAGGUGGCGCCGUAUCUACACAACGCCAGCGCGUUCAAGACGAUCGCGGACGUGAUCGGGCGGUACAAGGACAACGCGACGAUCCUGAGCACGGUGCUGCGUCUGCUGGGCAAGGAGUACAUGGACCUGAUCGACUACAACUGCGCGCUGCGCAUGGAGGCCAACUUCCUGGCGGUGUACGCGGACCUGCUGGAGGUGUACAUGGAGGAGGAAGAGACGGUGAAGGCGGUGCUGGAUCUGGCGCUCGCGAUGACGUGCUACGUGGAGGCCUGCAAGGACGCGUUCCCGCACUUCGUGCCCGUGGUGCUGCAGGUGGCGCGCAGGUACGACACCAAGCAGGAGAUGAUCGAGCUGGUGGCGCACGUGCUGUUCGAUGUGAGCAAGAACGCGGCGAUGGUGGGCCAGCUGUACGACGUGAAGGUGGUGCCGUUCCUGAUGCAGCACCUGGGCCGCUAUGAGGACAUCAGCGAGAACGUGGUGCGCUAUCUGGUGUGCGCGCUGUCGUACAUCAUGGUGGACGACGAGAGCAACCGCUUCCAGUUCGAGGACGGCCUGUCGUGGCAGGAUUCGUGGAAGCUGGUGUUCAAGAUCCUGCGGCAGUUCUACACCAACGGCAAGAUUGGCGCUGCGUGCGCGUAUCUGGCCUCUUCGCUGACGUCUUCGGACGAGGGCGUGGAGCUGCUGGACAGCGAGAAGGUGUGGGACGACGUGUACAACGCGACGCGCAGCGAAGGCGCGGUGGAGGGCACGUUCAUGGGAAGCUUCACGUUCUGCUACCUCCUGCUGAAGAAGGAGAUCGGUCACAAGAUUCUGAACCAUGACGACUGCCUGAGCAUGGCGUCGCAGGGCAUGACCCGCUACCCGGAGAGCGUGCCGCUGCAGUUGAAGGGCGCGAAGCUGCUGCGCGAGUACUCGCUGUUCGAAGAGACGGUGGACCUGAUGCGAAAGAACAACGCGAUCGAGGCGCUGGUGGCGGCGCUGGGCGUGAAGUCGAACGAGGUGUACACGAACGCGUUCACCGCGCUGCGCAACAUGUGCACGAACUGCCAGGAAGUGUACGUGCUGGACGCGACCUCGGUACCCACGGUGAACGAUGCGAUGUGCGAGGCGCAGUUCCACAAGAACGUGAUGGGCGAGAUCAGCAACUUCCUGCAGCUGGGCGUGAAGGAGGUGGACGUCGUGGAGAACGUGAUGGAGCUGAUCGUGUGUCUGUCCGCGUCGAAGAGCCAGGCGGUGACGCUGGAGGUGCGGAAGACGAUCGGCCUGAUGGCGGUCUACUGGCGAAACUGCAUCGACAACCUGCAGAUCUGCGUGCUGCUGAGCUCGGCGUUCGCGCUGCUGAGCAACGAGGACCGCUUCCGCGAGGAGAUGUACAAGGAGAACGUGCUGGAGAUCGUGUUCCAGCAGCUGGGCAUGCACGAGUGGGACCACAAGGGCGUCUUGGCGGUGAUGCGUCUGCUGGCGCACAUGACCAACCACAGCGACGCGAGCCGGUACAUCGUGGAGAACGGCCUGAAGCACCUGAUGGAGGUGCUGAACAAGCACGUCGAGAACAUCGCGGUGUCGCGCGUGGGCUGCACGAUCCUGAACUCGCUGCUGGAGCACUCGGAGUACCGCAACGCGCUGCUGGAGGCGAAGAUCAUCGACUACUACAAGACCUUGAUGGAGAAGUACCUGUCCGACAACACCAUCCUGAUGAAGACCCUGCAGAUGCUGAAGCAGUUCACCUCGCCUGCGGACAUCAAGCUGCUGGUCGACGGCGGCAUGGUGGAGGUGGUGAUCGACAUUCUGGGCAACCAGGCCAAGCGGUACUACUACGACACCAUCAAGGAGUGCACCGACGCGCUGAUCGUGUUCACCAAGCACCCCGAUGGCCGCGCUGCGAUUCUGAAGAGCAGCGUCUUCCAGACGGUGUUCGAGGUGCUGCCGCGGUGCAUCAACCAGCUUAGCAACGAGCAGGUCGCCGAGGCGUUCUCCAAGCUGCUGGAUCUGCUGCUGGAGGUGGUGGGCGAGGACGGCAAGGGCGUGGCGCCUCUGUUGAACGACAAGGGCGUGAGCCAGCUGGUGGAUCUGCUGGAGAAGUUCCCGACCCCCGAGACAGUGACGCAGAUUCUGCAACUUCUGCUGCGCGUGGUGGAGAACGAGCAGUCGUACGAGUCCUUCUGGGAGGAGCAGGUGAUGACCAUGCUGGUGAAGUGCUUCGAGGAGGAGAAGUACGAGGCUCCGCAGAUGGUGAUCCUGCUGGAGAUCCUGCUGACGCUGCUGAAGACGGUCCAGGUUGCCAAGGCCUCCUUCCUGAAGAAGACGCGCGUCGUCCAGUCGCUGCUGGAGGUGAUUAAGCGUCUGGGUUCGGACGAGCAGGUGGCGACGAACGCGCUGGAGAGCUUGGAUCUGCUGAUGCCCGUGGUGCAGAACGAGGCAAAAGAACAAGAAGCGGCAGCGGAAGCGGAGGAGGAAGAGGAGGAGAGUAAGAAGACGACUCUGGAGGUGAAGGAGCUGAGCCUGCUGCUGGGCGAGGCGGCGAAGGAGCUGAGCGUGCAUCACAAGGCGAGCAACAAGAUCGCGGUGAGUCUGGCGACGCUGCUGAGCAAGAUGCUGGGCAAGCUGCGACUGAUGUACCACAAACACCUCCACCGCUUCUACCCGAGCGACUCGAAGGGCAUUUUGGAGGGUCUGCGCGAUAUGCUGGAUGCGCAGUACAGCAACAAGACCACGAUCCACAGCAUCACAGAGGUGAUCACGACCCUGUGCAACCGAAAGGAGGACGCCAGCACGUCGGCCGAGGUGGGCAUCAUCUCGGUGCUGUUCAAGUGCAUGAAGACCGAGCUCAAGGAGGUCUUCAGCGACUGUUGCAAGGCGCUCUACCGCCUGGUGCGCAACUGCCCGGCGUCGCGCUCCCAGUUCGUGGGCGCCAACUCGCCGCGCGCGAUCUACGACGGUCUGCUGCGCUACUCGGAGUCGGAGGAGGUCGUGAGCCCUGCGUGCUCGCUGCUCUACCUUCUGCUGGAUGUGGACGGCAAGGCCAGCAAGAUCGGCAAGGCUGGCAGAGCUGGCAGAGCUGGCAGAGCUGGCAAGGGAAAGGCAGAGAAGAAGGAGGAGGAGGAGCCUGCGGAGCUGGUGGAGCUGGACGUGCUGGAGCUGUCGGACAUCCCGAAGAUGUGCGAGCUGAUGGACAACAGCUGGAAGAAGAAGUCGGACGGCUCGGAGUGGCAGCGCGAAGUGCGCGUGAAGGUACUGAACAUGUGCCUGCUCGGGUUCGUGGCGCUGGGCACCAAGCCGGGCGCCGACGAGAAGGUGAUGAAGAAGCUGGGCGCGGACGACGUGACCAAGCAGGUGGUGAAGACGUUCGAGCUGAAGAGCGAGACGCACACGUGCCUGGCGCUGAAGGUCCUGGCGCUGAGCUCGCGAACGGACAAGGGCCGACGGUCGAUCCUCCGCGCCAACGGCAUGGAGAAGAUGCUGGAGGCGUUCGGUCCCUUCGUGGGCAACAAGGAGCACUGCGUGAACCUGCUGGAGGCGCUGUACAACCUGGUGGAGCUGCGCGAGCCGGUCAAGACGCUGGAGAAGUUCGGCCUGAGCCUGAUCUUGGCGGCGAUGCUGAACCAUCUGGAGGAAGAGGAGCUGCAGGAGUUCGCGUUGCGCAUCAUCCACAGUCUGCGCGAUCUCCCGAACCUGAGCGAGCUGGUGCGCGAAGACGGCGGCUUGAACGUGCUGAUGGAGGUGUGGGACACGUACACGUACACGGACCCCAAUCUGGAGGUCGUGGGUCUGUGCGCGCUGGUGAUGCUGGACAUCGUGAAGGACAACCCGCAGCUCCUCGAUGCGGAGCUCCUGAGCGACUGCGAAAAGAACGCCAACUACCUGCUGUACUCCAGCGAGAAUCCGGACGUGCAGGCCGCGAUGUACAAGCUGCUCGGCGUGCUGUCGGAGCUCCCGCAGGUGCGUAGCGAUCUGCUGAACGACGAUGUGGACUACUUGCAGAAGGUGAAGGACAUGAUCACGAGCCCGGAGAAUCCUCCGGAGUUGGUUUCCAACGCGAUCGUGAUGCUGAUGCACCUGCUGGAGGACCCGUCGGUGGAGGAGAGCGAGGAAGGAAGCGAUCUGGUGCAGAUGGUGGCGAGCGCGCUGGUCCGCAUGCUGGACGCGUCGAAGACCAACGCGGCGGCGAACAUCGACGAGGUGUGCACGACGUGCAUGAAGGCGCUGGGCGAGCUGCUGGAGAAGUAUCCGAAUUGCGACCUGAUGGAGACCGGCGUGUACGAGCUGCUCUGCAAGAUGAUGGCGAGCGAGCUGUGCAACGUGGCGGUGGCCGCGAGCUGCCUGCAGAUUCUGCAGAGCGAGAAGGAUCUGCGGGUCAUGCAGGAGCUGGGCGACGAGAACAUGAUCGAUGCGGUGGUGGCGAUGAUGAAGCGCUUCCCGCAGAGCCGGCCGAUCCAGAAGGACGCCAUGGAGUGGCUGGAGCAGCUGUCGGAGAUCGAGGCGAAGAUCAUGGACUUGAACAAUGCGGCCACGGUGAACGCGGUGAUCACGGCGAUCCGCGCUUGCAAGCUGCAGAGCGCCGCGGUGAACACGGGCUGCAAGUUCCUGGUGAACGUGAUGGACGCGCCGAGCGCGAUGAACGCGAUGAAGAAGCAGAAGCUGGGUCUCCUGCUGAAGGAGCUGCAAAGCUCCGGCAAAGUGGAGGAAAGCGAGGCAAUGCAGAAGCUGGCGAGUGCGUUCCCGGCAGAGGAAGGCGAAGGCGAAGGCAGAGGCAGACAUCGCACGAAGCAUCGAUCCCACAAAGGAAAGACACAUCACCAUCACAGUUCGAAGAAGGAGGAAGAAAAGAAGGAAGAAGAAGAAGAGAAGAAGGAGGAAGUGAAGGAAGAAAAGGAAGAGAAGGAGGAGGAAGAAAAGAAGGAGAAGAAACAUCAUAGAUCGGGCCACGGUCAUGGCCACAGUCAUACUCACAGUCACAGUCACAGUCAUAGUCAUAGUCAUGGCCACAGCCACGGUCAUCGCCAUGGGUCCGGAAAGGACGGAGAGAAGGAGAAGGAGAAGAAGAAGAGACAUGAACACCGAUCGGAAAAGGAAGGAGGAGAGAAGUCUCGAAGUCACAGUCGUCGAUCGGGAAAUCAUCAUCACUCAAGUCGUUCCAAAUCGGAAAAGAGCGCUGAGAAGCCAAAGGGGAAGGCAGCACCCGCCCCUGAGGCCAUCAAUGACUCCGACUUCGACAUGUAAAACGGCUUAUCUUGUCGUUAAGUGGUUCUAACGAUAGGAUAGCGAGUACUCUGUUGCAUAAUU